CCAUUCCCAUCCCAAAUCCAGGGAUCAGACCCCAAACCCAUCCCCCAUUCCCACCCCAAAUCCAGGGAUCAGAUCCCAAACCCAUCCCCCAUUCCCACCCCAAAUCCAAGGAUCAGAUCCCAAACCCAUUCCCUAUUCCCGCCCCAAAUCCCAGCCCCGUUCCCAAUCCCAUUCCCGGAUCCCGCCCAUUUCCCCUCCUUGGGGGCGGGCUCGGGCUCGGCCGCUCCUUUUCCAUCCCCGAUCCCAAAUCCCGGUUUUUAGUGGCUGCUGUCCAGCCCGGCCGGGGCGCGCUCCUCCCGCUCUUCCUGCUUUUCCCACUUUUCCCUCUUUUCCAGCUUUUCCCUCUUUUCCCGUUUCUCCUGCUUUUCCCUCUGCUCCCUCCAUUCCCGCUAUCCCCGUUUUCCCCACUUUUCCCGUUCUUCCCAGCUUUCCCGUUUUUCCCGCUGUUCCAGUUUUUCCGGUUUUUCCCCGUUUUCCCUGCUUUUCCCGCUCUAUCCCGCCGGGAAUUCCGCGCGCUCCCCCCGGGGCGGUUUGGGGGCCGCGGGGCCGGCGCCGCUCCCGGAACUCCUCCGGGCGGGGAAUUCCGGGAAUUCGGGCGCUGAGCCCGGCCUGGGGGCGAUGCGAGAGGCCGCGGCAGCCGAGGAGGAGGAGGAGGAGGAGGAGGAGGCGCGGCCGCCCUUCGGCCCCGUGGUGGGCGGCCGGGCCCGGCGCCGGCCCCGGUGCCGCGGGGAUCCCGGGCUGGGCGCGGCCGUGCGGAUCCUGUUCGGGAUGGCUGCGGUGAUCCUGGCGGCCGUGGCCACACUGGGAACUCUGGUGUUCCGGAGGGUCGAUUCCAUCUCCCGGGAGAUCAGCUCCGCCCAGGCCUUCUACGAGCAGAGGAUCCUCUCCCUGCAGGAGGAGCUCCAGGCACUGGGCGGGAGCAGCUCCGGGAACGGCUCCGUGUCCUGGGACGCGGCGGCGCUGGGCCGGGAGCUCUCGGAGCUGCGGCGGGAGCUCUCGGAGCUCCAGGAGACGCUCCAGGAGCAGGAAUUCCUCCUGGAGCGAACCUCCCGGAGCCAGGCCCGCCUGGCCAGCGCCGGCUCCGACAUCUCCGCGGGGCUGGAGAGCUGCUCCGAAUCCCUCGGGAGCGUCGGCCGGAGCCUGGCGCGGCUGCGGGAGCGGGCCGGGGGCUGCGGCGGCUUCACCGCCCGCCUGCAGAAUUCCCUGCGGGACCUGGCCCGGCGGCGCUCCCAGGCCGGAGCGGCGGCCGAGCUGCUGAAUUCCAGCCUGGCGCAGAAUUCCCGGUGGCUCCGCGCGCUCCAGGGCGGCGCGGCCGAGGCGGCGGCGGCGCUGCGGGCGGCGGCGGCCGAGGGGCAGAACCUGACGCGGCUCCUCGGGGCGCUCCGGGCGGCCUCGUCCCGGAGCGCGGAUCGGUUGCGGGGCCUGCGGGCGGGGCUGGGCCCGGCCAUGCGGGAAACAUCCCGGAAUUCCGAGGGGCUGCAGGAGCUGGCGCUGCGACUGCUGGCGCUGCAGCUGCGGCUGGACGAGGCCGCGGCGCGGCUGGACGAGCAGCGGGACGGAGCGCAGGAGCUGCGGCGGCGGCGCGCCCGCGGCCGGCAGAGCGGCGAGGAGCGGAUCCGGGAGCUGCAUUCCCGGCUGGAAUCGCUGCGGGACGAGCUCGGGAGCAUCGAGGCCAACGUGGGCGGCACGGGCGGGCACGUGGGCGCCAUGCUGCGCUUCCUGCGGGCCGCCCGCGACUCCUGCGGCCGCGAUCUGCGCGGGCACGGCCGGGAGCUGCGGGAGCUCGGGCGGGCGCUGGGAGAGAUCCAGGCGGGCACGGAGGAGCUGCGGGAGCGCUCCGGGAUGCUGGGAGCGCGGCUGGAGCUGGGCGUCAGGAACCUGUCCCUGGCCCUGCAGGAGAUGAGGGCGGUGGACGCGCGGCACGGGGAGAUGCUCCGGAACGUCACCGAGCUCCGAGGCGUUCCGGGGCUGCCGGGGCCGCGCGGCCUCAAGGGCGACACCGGAUCCGGUGGCGCGCCGGGAGCUCCGGGAUCCAAGGGCGACCUGGGGGAUUUGGGAUGGCCGGGAGCGCCGGGAGCUCCGGGAGCGCCGCCGGGAGCGCCCGGGCCGCGCGGGGAGCGGGGCCCGCCCGGAUCCCGCGGCUUCCCCGGCUCCAAGGGCGCCAAGGGCGGGCUGGGAGUGCCGGGAGCCCGCGGGGCCCCGGGGCCGCCGGGCGGGAGCGGAGCCCCGGGAGCCGCGGGGGGAGCGGGACCGGCGGGACCGCCCGGAGAUCGCGGGGAGCCCGGGCCGGCCGGGAGCGAGGGGACGGCGGGGACACCGGGAGAGCCCGGGGACAGGGGACCGCCGGGGACACCCGGACCGCCGGGACCGCCCGGGCCACCGGGGCCACCGGGACCCUGACCGGGACAGCCACAGGGGACAGCGGGAAAGCCCGGGGAGAGGGGACCCCAGGGGAUACCGGGGCGGCCGGACCGCCCGGGCCACCGGGACCCUGACUGGGACAGGGGGACAACGACAGGGGACACCGGGAGAGCCCAGGGACACCGGGACCUGACCGGGAUCGCGACAGGGGACAGGGGGACAGGGACACGGACAGGAGACAGCGGGAGAGCCCGGGGAGAGGGGAGGGACCGCCGGGACCAUGACGAGGGACAGGGGGACAGGGACACAGAAAGGGACAGGGGGACAGCAGUGCCACCUCCGGGACCGUGAUGGGGACAGGGACACGGAGAGGGGACAGAGGGACAGCGACAGGGCAGCAGUGCCACCUCCGGGACAGGGGGAGGACAGGGACACAGGGACAGCAGUGCCACCUCCGGGACCGUGAUGGGGAUGGCGACACACGGACGGGGACGGGGACACGGACAGGGGACAGAGGGACAGCGACAGGGCAGCAGUGCCACCUCCCGGACAGUGGACAGCGACACGGGCACAGGGACACGGACGCGGAGAAGAGGACAGGGACAGGGGACAGCGACAGGGACACGGACAUGGGGACAGCAGUGCCACCUCCGGGAUAGGGACAGCGACAGGGACACGGACAGGGGGACAGCAGCGGCAUCCCCGGGACAGCGACACAGGGACACGGAGGUUGUCACACAGGGGGACAGGGACAGAGCAGCGCCACUCCUGGCGGGACAGGGACACGGGGACGAGGACAGGAACUGGCACAGGGACCCCAGUGCCACCCGCGGUGUCCCCACUGUCCCCGUCCCUCCCAGCUCGGGGCCAGGGGCCGGUCCCCGCCCCCGGGAAUUCCUUGGGAAUUUUUUGGGGGGGGAAUUUUCCGGGAAUCGGGGGACUCCCGGCUGGGCCGUGGGCUGUCCCCACGGUGUCCCCGAAGUGUCCCCGCGGUGUCCCCGCGGUGUCGCGGCUCAAUAAAGGUUCCUGGCGCCUCCUGAA